AUGGGCGAUGUGGCAAUCGACUCGGGCGUGGGUGAAAGGGGAGCCAUUGUCGAACCUGUCGAUGAAGACAUUGGCGGGUCUGGUCCGGCCGGAGAAAGGGUAGUAGAUGUUGAGAAUUUCCGCAAUGGAGAGCUUCAGGUGCUGGACGAUGGCGUCGGAAGGGUGGGGAUUCGGAUUGGCGUCAAGAAUGGCUUAGAAGAAAAUGAUUGA